AUGGAUCUAGACGGAAUGAUCAGCGGAGGGGGAAGGGGAGGCCGCGGGGGAGGCGGUCGGGGGGGCUACGGCGGAAGAGGGGGAAGAGGCGGAGGCGGAAGGGGAAGAGGCGUGUGCAGAUUCUGGCUUGAGGGUAACUGUAGAAAAGGUGACAACUGCGACUACUUACAUACGGAUUCAUCUGGCGGGGGUGGCGGGUUCGGCGGAGGUGGUCGGGGAUUCAGCGGCGGAGGGGGAAGAGGCGGAGGCGGAAACAGGGGGGGUGGGGCUGGCUGGGGGGGGCAGGGGUGGGGGGGAGGGGGAGGAGGCGGCGACGGGGGAGGGGGGACUGUUUUGGGCAGGCGGAAUGCGGACAGUCAGGGGGAUGGCGAAGGGUUUGGUGGGGAGCGGUGGGGGAGGCAAAGAGUAGGCGGAAGAAGCGGGGAGGGCGUGAGGGCGCGGCUUGGUGACGGGGGAGGCGGAGGCGGAGGGGCAGGCGGAGGGGGAGGCGGAGGGGUAGGGGGGGAGAGGCGCAUAGCGAGGCGGAAGGCGUGCAAGUUCUGGCUGGGGGGCAGCUGCAACCGCCAUAACUGCACGUUCCUCCACGCCCACACGACGGCUGCUGACGUGGAGAUGAUGACAGAGCUGACGGGGCAUGAGAAGGUGGUGCGUGCCAUAGCUCUACCGGAGAGCUCCUCUCAGCUGUACACAGGCAGUCAGGACGGGACGAUCCGAGUGUGGGACUGCACGACAGGGCAGUGCGUGAGUGCAGCGAGCAUGGGGGGGGACGUAGGAGCGCUGAUCACCAACUCUGGAUGGCUCUUUGUCGGCCUGCCCAACCUCGUUAAGACAUGGGUGCUGGCGAGUGGAGUGCAGAGUGACUUGCCAGGCCCUACAGGGUCGGUGCACCAGCUGCUGCUGCACAAUGGGAUGCUCUUUGCCGCCUGCUCUGACGGCAAGAUCCUGUGUUGGAAGUUCAACCCGGCUUCCCAGCAGUUCGAGCCCGUGGCAUCACUGACAGGCCACACGGCUGCUGUGGUGUGCCUUGAAGCCACAGCCACGCACCUCUUCUCUGGGUCCAUGGAUAAAAACAUCAGAAUAUGGGAUCUCAGCACUGGGGCGUGUGUGCACAUAGUGCCGGCUCACGAUCAUGUGGUGAUGGCGCUGGUGGCGUGGCAAACGCACCUGCUCUCCUGCUCGUUGGAUGGGACAGUCAAGGUGUGGGCGCCAUCAGCCGUAGGAGGGGGUGCCAUCGACCUGGCGUUCACCCACACAGAUGCGGACGACAAGGGCGGCAGUGGGCAGGGUGACAGGGAACCCGAUGGAGCGUUGGCGAUGAAAGUGAGCACGGACCUGGCAGGUAAUCAGGUGCUCAUGGUGGCAUACAGCGACAACUCUGUUCGCCUCUUCGACCUCCCAUCGUUCACAGAGCGGGGGGCGCUGUUCACGGUGCAGGAGGUGCGAUCGCUGUGUGUGGGGCCCAGCGGUCUCAUGUUCACUGGGGACAGUGCAGGGACGGUCAAGGUGUGGCGGUGGACGCAGUGA